CUGCGCCGCAGACUGGAAAGCAGGCUGUCCCUCGGUUCCGCGCGUCUCACCUUGGCGCGGCCCGGCCCGGCCCUGCCCCACUCCGUCUCAUCCUGUCCCAUCCGCUCCCAGCUGUCCAGGAGCAGCUGCCUAAGCCCAGAGCUCAGCGCAGCGCCCUGGGUGUGGGCCCCCAGCCCAGUAGCCCGAGCCCGAGCCCCAGCGGCUCCCUCCCUUCUUCCUUUGGAGCCCCAACCAAGCCGCCAAGACGCCGCGCGCGGUGCUUCGGGUCAAAAAUGGGGCGGCCAAGCUGGCCAAGCCGCCGGCGGCUGAGGCGCCCGGGGCCGGUCCUCCGGGGCUCUACAUGGAGCGCUCCCAGAGUCGCCUCAGCCUGUCAGCCUCCUUCGAGGCGCUCGCCAUCUACUUCCCCUGCAUGAACUCCUUCGACGAAGAGGACGCUGAUGGAGAUGGCCGGAGACUAAAGGGAGCCAUUCAAAGAAGUACAGAGACUGGCCUGGCUGUGGAGAUGCCCAGUCGGACUUUGCGUCAAGCCAGCCAUGAAUCCAUUGAGGACAGCAUGAACAGCUAUGGCUCCGAGGGCAAUCUUACCUAUGGAGGUGUGUGCCUCGCAUCUGAUGCUCAGUUCAGUGACUUCCUGGGCAGCAUGGGACCUGCACAGUUUGUGGGACGUCAGACCUUAGCCACCACAUCCAUGGGAGAUGUGGAGAUCGGGUUGCAGGAGAGAAAUGGGCAGCUUGAAGUGGACAUCAUCCAAGCCCGAGGUCUGACAGGCAAGCCAGGCUCCAAGACCUUGCCAGCGGCCUACAUCAAAGCAUACCUGCUGGAAAAUGGUGUGUGCAUUGCCAAGAAGAAGACCAAAGUAGCUCGAAAGUCUCUGGAUCCCCUGUAUAACCAGGUGCUCCUGUUCCCUGAGAGUCCUCAGGGCAAAGUAUUGCAGGUGAUCGUCUGGGGCAACUAUGGACGGAUGGAACGCAAGCACUUCAUGGGUGUGGCGAGGGUGCUUCUGGAGGAGCUGGACUUGACCACCCUGGCUGUGGGUUGGUACAAGCUCUUCCCCACAUCAUCCAUGGUGGACCCCGCCACCGGCCCACUACUCCGCCAGUCCUCCCAGCUGUCCCUGGAGAGCACCGUGGGGCCCUGCGGGGAGCGCUCGUAGUGGCUGAAUUGGGGGAGGGGUUGCCCAGGGACUAUGCCUGGAUCUGGAACUCCUGGCACUUCAGAUGGAAGCAGACAGGGCUCCCUCCCAAGGAGGGGAGACCUACUCCGUGGGCUCCUCCCCAUCCCUCGUUUGGCCCCCUUCCCCACCCUGAGGCCUUCCCUCUCCUGGAGCCAUUGGCUUUACCUUUGACUUGGUCACUUCCAGGCCCCCCAGAUUUGGGAGUGGGCCUAUUGUUCAACCUCUCCCUUUUUUGUGUUCUCCUGGGAGCUAAUUGCCUGGAGCUGUCUCCACUAUCCUAGGCCAGGGGCCUGCCUUCCCUAUAGUGCCGAUCUACCAGCAAGUGUCUUUCUUGUGGCACUCGGCUCCAGUGGCUGCAUACUCUGCCUGCAGCCAGUUUGAGAGGAGCCCAGGGAGUUUCCAAGGAGGAUGGUGGAGCCAGCCAUCUUGACUUUAAGGCCAUCUGGAUCCCGGAGAGGCCCCAGAAUAUCAAGGCAGCCUGGAGAUUCUGCCCAUAAGCUGUCAGGGGCUUCACCUCCUCUUGACUAAGUACCUCCUUCUAGGCAUGUGUUCUCCCACAGCCACAAGUUCGUUCUUUCGCACAGCUCUUUGGAUAUCAGGCCUGAUCCGUGAUGACUCAGGAUGCAGAUGGUGCCUCCUUUCUACAAGGAAAAGAUCUCUCACCUGGGAGCCAGGAGGCAAGGAUCUGGGUCCUGACUUAGCCACUCGUUAGCUCUACGUGACCCUGACAAAUCACCUCCCUUCUUUGGAUGUUUCCUCCUUCAAACGUGAGGGGUUUAGACUAGAUGAUCUCCAAGACAUUCCAUUGGAGGAAUUGAGGAUGCCUUUAUUUAGUGCCCAAAAGGGACCACCGCCCAGCCCUUCACCUCCAGAUCCCGGGGAUGCUUGUCUCAGCAGUUUGGAGGCAGUUGGAAGCAACUGAGACUCUAAAGGAACCCUAUCUCCCCCCACCUCCCCCUGCUCCCAGUAGUGGAUGGUAGAGCUGGGCUGAAUUUGCUAGAUCUCCUAAGGUCUCUCAGCCUGCGUUGCAACAAGUCUUGUCUGUCCCUGGAUGGGCCUGAGUGUGCUAAACCAGGAUGUCAAGGAAGGCAGGUUUGGGAGAAGCUAGGGUUGAAGAAUGGCCAGGGCAUUCCAUGCCAGUCAUGGACUCUAUCCCAGGGACUUGGGACUGUCUGUUAGGAGAAGAACCCCUCUCUGUUUAAUACACCUGGGCUCCAUAGGUCAUCUAGUCCAGCCUGUUCCCUCUGGGGAGAUGGGAAUCUACCUUCUUCUUAGGGGUCUCUAGGGUCAGAGAACCUCGGUUUUCCUUUUUAAAAAAUACAUACAAAGCAACAUCUUGAAACGGGCAAACUGUAUACAAAAGAGUCAUUUAUGUGGACUCUUGGAAAGCAAAUAGAAUGGGUGGGAGAAAAAGAGAAAGGGUCAAACUAUUGGGUGUUUCCUUCUCUCUCUCUCCCUCUCCCUCUUCCCUUUCUUUCCCCCUAUCUCCAGCUGCACUGUUGGUUCGGUUCUGUGCCCUGGGGCUCCCAGCUCCAGGUCUGGCUCACUGGCCUGAUCCCAGACCUCAGCCAUGGGGUAACUUUGGGCAAACUGUUGCAAGCUGGGUAGGAACUCUCUUUAAUGAAGCACAUUCCUGCCUCCUGCAGGGAGGGCCCCUUCCUCUUCCCUUCUUUCCCCAGCUCCCCCUCAGUGCUGAGGCUGGCCCCUUCUUCCUCACCUCCCCCAUCCCUGGCAUGGAGGGAGUCGUCUAGAGCAAGGCUUUCUCCUAACCUCUCAUAUUUAUAAAGUCCAAGGAGGGGGAACCUAAGUAUGUAUAUGCAGGGAGAGUGGGGAAUGAUAGGCCACAUGGGCCUGACAGGGAAGGGUUAGACCAAACUCUUUGCCUAACUCUCUUCUUUUCUCCCUAAUGGCCCCAGAGGCAGCCGGCCUGUCUUUUCCUCCAGAACUUUGAGGAAUAAAAGGGGUCUGGGGGGUGUUGAGAAAAUCCAGCUGGUUCCAUGACUGCUGGGUGUGGCUGCUGGGGCUGGUCCCUUAGGGGGGGUUUGCCCUUCUGGUUUCUUUCCUCUCUCCCACCCAGCCCAAAGAGGCUUUAGCUGGGAGCACAGAAUUACAUAGUGUUAUUUAUUCUUGUCGAUAUUCUUCUUAUGAUCACACAUUUACAAAGCCCUCCUGGGCCACUGGGUUGUGUUUGGGCCCUGGUGCAGGGCCCAGGACAGACCAGGGCAGUCAAGACAUGGGUUACAGGCCAAGUGUUUUGGGGGGAGUAGAGUGGAAAGUUUAAGGAAUCCUUUUAAAUUGGACUAGGGGGGAAGCGAUGGAGGCAACUCAUCCUAUUAUUGAGCCUCAGUUUCCUCUUCUGUAAAAUUCAGGAAUUGGACCAGAUGAUCUCUAAGUUCCCUCCCAACAAAAUCUCAGAUCCUGUGGUUCUCCCUGGCCAGUGAGAUUUGGGAAUAGGAAGGGAAAGCCUGAGCUAGGCAGUGAGGCCUUGGGCCUAAGAUUUGGGUCUAAAGUCCCGGUCUCUUAAUACCCAAACUAGUGGAACUUGGCUUCCCAAAGCCAAUGCUCAAAGGAUUUCUGGCUUCUCCUGGUUCAGUCCUCUAGCUAUAUUGGUGUAGAGGGGAGAGUAAGAGAAUUUUCCAGUCCUGGGCUUGUGGGACAGAGAUGAAGGGGGGGGGCUGCCUAGUCUCAGGCCAUGGGGAAGGGGCCUUCACUUCCCCAGGGUGGCGUCUGAGAUUGAGGGGGGCAUGUCAUUGUCUUCAGAGGAAAGGGAAGCAAGGUCAGGAGAGGGUUGGGCACAGUAGGAAUCUGAAUUUCUUGUGAAAAAAAAAAAAAGAUUUCUUUCUCAUUUGUUUGUUACUCACUGUUAAUAGCUGAUGCCCCCCUCAACCUGGGUUGGAGAUGGCUCUCAGGUCUUGAAGGCUUUGCUGGCCAACUGGCCCUAGCAGGGAGGGCUCCAAGGCCAGACCAAAGACCUGGGGACAGAAUGCAUCUGUUGUCUUAGGACCAGCCUAGCCAUAGGGAGAAGUUUCAGACAACAGCAAUUCUCAAAGACACAGCCGUAAAGGGAGGCUGUAUGCUGUAGUCUCUGGCAGGAGCAGAAUAAUCACUGACCCCUGAUGCAUUGAAAUAGCAACUGUUGGAACCAGGAGCCUUCUCUUGGAACCACGUGCUCCAUGUACAGAUCAGGGCCAUUUUUUCUGAGGGAGCAAAGAGGCUUCUGGGCCGCUGUGGGGCUAAGGCCCUCCCUGGAGCAGCAAAUAUUCUCCUUGCACCACCCUCAGGCUGAGAGGGGGGCAGAGGCAGAGGAGACCUGUGUGAAGGGGAUUCCUGAUGGGUAGUGAGGCAGUCUCAUCACUUCCUUUCCAGACCUCAGUGUUGGUGAAGAGGACUUGGCCAAUUUCUCCUCCCUCCUGUCUCCGACAAAGGCCUGUUUUGUAAAAGAGACUGGGUACGAAGCAAUAAUCCAUCCAGAGGUGGGGUGGGGGCCAUGGCCUCAGGACCCCCUCCUCCCGCUGCUUUUCUUGUUCCUUCUGUGAAAUAACUGGCCUCCUGGUGGGGUUUUGAGUUGUAUCUUUAUCUCCUGUCCCCCCUCCUUCCCACUAUUAAUGGUCCAUUCUUGUCAGUGUGUCCUGGGUGUGUUCUGUGCUGGGGUGUAUGUAGGGGUGGGGUGGGGUAGUAAACUUUUUGUUAAACUGUAGCUUUGGGAGAGACUCUGUAUGAACUUGGCUCCCACUUGGGACCCAAGGAAGUUCUGGAUGCCACCCACCUGUCAUGUCCUGUCUGUCCAUCCUUCUGACACUUGACAGUAGGAAAAGACUGGUCUCCUAGGGCGGGAUGAACUCUGUCCCCACAGAGCUGGGCAGACUUCUCCUGGUUGUCUGGGCCAGGCCCCAAGUGGGGAAUAAAUAGAAUGUGGCUUCUCUACAUUAAAGAGAAUAAUACUAGUAAUAAUAAUAAUUAAUAAUAAUAGUUGACAUUUCUAUAGCACUUUCUAAUUUCCAAAGCGCUUUACAUCCAUUAUCUCAUCUGAUCUGUAUAACUCUGUGAGGUAGAUAGUGCAAAUGAUAUGAUCCCAGUUUUAUGAAUGAGAAAACUGAGGCUCAGAGAGACAACACCCAGAUCAGGUCACUUAGUACUGAGUGGCAGAGCAGCAGUUGGGACCUAGGUCUUCUGAGCUUAGCCAGUGGGGCUGAAUCAGAGCCCCCUGGGUGUGAUGAUGUCUCCAGGACAUCAUCUGCAGACCUGCUGGGGCCCCCACAAAGCCAGAUCAGGAGUUACUCGUGUGCCAUCUUGUCUCCCAGAGAUGCUCAUGGGUUCUCCCUAUGUAGAGACUGGGAUCUCUGGCCAGAAGAAAUCAGGUAUGAGAAACUUCUCAGGCUUUAGAGAAAACACCAAUUGGAGCCACUCAUUAGUUUCAGAGUGAGCUCCCUUGCCCGGGAGUUUCCUCCAACUGAGCCUGCAGAAGACAGGAGAAGAUACCUUCAGUUGGGUCUGGAAAUACUAAUCUUUCCUCACAUUUAUUUGUACAGCACUUUAAACUUUUUAAAGCAGUUUCCCCAUUUAUUCUCAUGUGAUCCUUAAGCAUACAUUAGGAAUUAUUUCCAUAUUUACAAAGAGGGGAAACUGAGUCCCAGAAAGAUUAAAGCAAAUCAAUGUUAUAUGGCAAGUCAGUGUCAGAGCCAGUACAAGGACUCAGGUCUUAUGUGUCAUAUGGAUAGAGCAGGUGCUCAGCUGAGUGGAGGCCUGGGGGAAGCACCCCAGCAUAGGUGGUCAGGAUUUCUGAAUAUUAAAGGCUAGCCCAAAGCAGCUACCCACAGGUCAUUGGGAUUUGGAUUCGGUAAGAAAACCUAUGCGUCCUCUAAGGACCUUUCCAGCUCUAGGUCCAUGACCAGGUGUGACCUGGGUUUGCAUAUCAGCUGUGCUACUUGUUACCUAUAAGGCCUUGGGCUGUCACUUUAACCUCUUUGGGUCUCAGUUUCCUCACCUGUAAACUUAGCAGGUUGAACUAGGUGAUCCCUUCCAACUCCAAAUCCCAUGAUUCCCCAAGUCAAGACUCUGCAGGGCUUUGUGAAAUAGCAUCAGGUCCCUUGCAUUGGUGGCAGCACCACCUGGACCACCUUGGGGUGCCAGCACUUGGGCAUGUUGACCAUUUUCAUUUCGCCCAGGCUGGAAGGCCGCUAGGUAGUUGCCUGGCUGGCUCCUUCUGCCCCCUCACAGACCCCAUAGUAACAGCAGUCUUUUAGUUAAUAGGUGUGAAAAAAAUUCAGUCAGCACCAAUAGGUGUUGGGUGGUAUUGGACCAACUCAUACUGAGUGGGACACACACACACACACACACACAC